ACUAUUGCUAGCUAUGUUGCUGCACUAUAAAGCUUCGCCGGUACUAUAGAAGUUAGCUAGCGGUAUAGAUUUUGGAAAAGGCUUCUGAAGCAAACACUAUAAGUAACAUUAAAAUAUAAUCUGGCCUUGGAUGAAGUAAUCUGGGAACCGGGAGAUGACAAUCGCUACUGAUUCACGACGCGAGUGACACAGGCUAACUACGUAUUUCAAGAACUAUUUCGCCGAAUCCAUGCUCUCUGAUGAACUGGACCCCAAACCCGAGCUGCUGGUCGAGUUUGUACAGAACGCCUCGAUUCCUCUGGGGCACGGAUUGGAAGAGUCUGACCCCAAAGACACUUGCCUACCUCUGCUUCCAGCUUCUGACAGCUCCCUAUGUAGCCAGCUUCAGCUGACCGAGGGCAGUCUGAGCCAUGCGGACUCUCCAUCGCUGUCAGAGUAUGAGGGUGACCGGGAGCCCCUGGUGGUCCAGCUGCAGCCCCACCGUGGGGUGGCACUGUCUCCAAGCCCCAGCCCACCCUCCAUCCUGCAUGACCUGCAGCACUCAGACAGCACCUCCUUCAUCCUGCUCAACCUGGCCAAAGGGCUGGCCGCCUCAGCCGAACCACUGGUGUUCGUUCAGGAUGAGGCGGAGCAGGAGGUGUCCGCGGGCGACGGUGUCGAUGGCAGCGCCCCCUGGUACCUGCGCGUUCAGGAGCUGGCUCAUGACAGCCUGAUCGCCGCCACACGUGCCCAGCUGGCCAAGGACGCCAAAGCCAGCAACAACAACGAGCACCUGCACAGCUACCCAUCUGAGGGACCAAAGAAAGAGACUCCGCUUGAGGAUGAGCGCCCCACCCCAGAGAGAACCCUGCGAUGCACCUUCGAGGGCUGCCGGAGAACCUUCACCUGGCCAGCACACCUCAAGUACCACCUCAAAACCCACAAAAAUGACCGGACGUUCCGCUGCGGCGCCGAGGGCUGCGGCAAGAGCUUUUACGUGCUGCAGCGGCUGCAGGUGCACAUGCGCACGCACAACGGCGAGAAGCCCUUCAUAUGCAUGGAGAAGGGCUGCGGCAAGAAGUUCACCACCGCCGGCAACCUCAAGAACCACAAGCGCACACACACCGGUGAGAAGCCUUUCCUGUGUGAAGCAGUAGGCUGUGGGCGUUCCUUCACAGAGUACUCCAGUCUGCGCAAACACAUGCUGGUGCACUCCGGCGAGAAGCCCCAUCAGUGCGGCAUCUGCGGGAAGACGUUCUCCCAGAGCGGAAGCAGAAACGUUCACAUCCGGAAGCGGCACAGCGGCUCAGCGGCCGAUAGACAAGCCAGCAAGGACGCCGGGGAAGCACUAACGCACAGCAGCCUGCUGGAGGACCGCGGGGUGGCAGGCGACAACAUGGUCGCCAUGACGACCUCCAUGGAGCCCAUGAGCCUUCACCAGACGAUGCUGCGAGUGCAAGGAGACAAUUUUUGGAGUAAAUCUUGCAAUUCCUUGGUGGAAGACAGUCCCUCCGCCUCUGUAGUUGUUCUCUCCCAACCACAUGACCUGGUCACCAUGGCGACAGAAGGGCACGGCUACGGGGAAGAGGUUGUGGCGCUGCUGCAGUAGUAUUUGUACAUUGGAAACUCUAUAUAUAAAGUCAUGAAUGAAAUUCAUUCAUGAUGGUUAUUCUGGAUCUUCCAGUUGCAAAUAAACAGAAGGUGUGUGUUUUUUCUUUAUAUUCGGGAGGGAUCCCAAAACACAGAGUGGAAGCCAAUGUAGGACUUCAACUGAUGUGGGACGUGGUGGGGAAAUUUCUCUCAGUGAUGGCAUUUGAAUUGUAAAAUAGCUUACUUUACCGGUACGUAGCUCUCGAAAUAGCCAGGUGUUGACUAAUGGACCUAACAAAAAAGAAAAAGUCUGGCUGUUCCCCUGGCUUUUAAUGGAGGCCUCUGGUCUGUAUCUUUAUGCUGAGCUGAAGGAAAGUGCUCAUUACCUUCACGGUGCUCAGGACAGCUGUCUGAAGCUGAUAAGAAAUAAUUCAUUCAGACUUCAUGUAAAAUAUCAGGGUGUGUAAACCUGUUUCCUCGGGUCUAAGGGACUGUAGCUGCCAUAUUGCAGGCUAUGACAAACGCAGAGUGUUCUGUAUAAAUGCCACUUCCGUUUGUAGCACAAAUAGCUAAGCGAUCUAGACUCCCCGAAUCAGAUAACCAUUGUAAAUGGUGAACGAGCUCUUAAUUGGUAAAUUAUUAAAUGACUGAAACACAAA